UAAUCAGGGAAUGCCCUCUUGGUGACCUGUAGAGCACGCUGCUUCCGGGUUACCGUCGAGGGACAUCCGGUUGGAGGCUCAGACAGACAGACAAAGCGUCGGCGGUCUUUGUGGGGACGUUUCGGCGGUUUCGACGCAAUAAAAGUGAACUUGAAGAUCUCCUACAUUCGGAUCCAACGUUACCAUGGCAACAAAUAUCCAUAUGGAUGAAGUCGUGCUGGACCUGUUUGUGGAAACUGACAAAGCCUUCCAGGAUCCAAUAAACCAUGUCCAAACUCACAGUGGUGAGAAACCCUUCAUGCCAAGCAACAAUGAUCAGAGCUGUGCAGAGAUUCAUGCUCUAGAGAAACCCUUCAUGCAAACCACCUCUAGUCAGAACUACACGGGGACUCACACAGGGGAGAAACCCUUCAUACAAAACAACACUGGUCGGAACUACACAGAGAUUCACCCGCUUGAGAAACCCUUCAUGCAAACAAACAGUGCUCAGAACCACACAGAGACUCACACAGGGGAGAAACCCUCCAUGCCAAGCAACAAUGGUGAGAACUACACAGAGAUUCACCCUCUAGAGACACCCUUCAUGCCAAGCACCAUGGACACUAAUGCUGUUGAGGACAAACCCUUCAUGUGUGGAAAAUGCAACAUGAGGUUCAGUGAACUGGCUGACCUGGGUGUACACGUGCAAAUGCACUCCAGUCAGAAAGCUUCCGCGCAAACUCGCACUGGGGGACAACCCUAUAGCUCUGGGGAGGGUACUACGAGGCAGUUCAGCACACAGAAUCAGGUUGGGAGGAGCGUGCAAACUCACACUGGAGAGAAACCUGCCAGCUUUGAGGGGGGCAGCGGGCAAUUCAACCAACAGGAUCCCAAAACGCACAUGCAAACUCUCACUGGUGAGGAACCUUGUGUGCAAACUCACACUGGAGAGAAACCCUGCAGCUAUGAGGGGGAUGGCAAGCAGUUCAGUCAACAGCAGCAUCAAGAGACACACAAUGACAUGCAGAACAUUGGUGAGGGAGCGCACAUGCAAACUCACACAGGUGAGAAACCUGGCAUGUUUAACAAUGAUAAGAAAGAGGAAAGUGAGAUGGGUAACAGGAGGAAAACGAGACAACAGUCCCUUGUGUGCAAGGAAUGCGGCAAGCGGUUUAACAAGUCGGACAACCUGAAAAGCCACAUGCGCACCCACACUGGAGAGAAACCCUACGGUUGUGGCGAGUGUGGCAGACGCUUCAGUGACGGCACGGCUCUCCGAAAGCACAAGCUCACCCACACUGGGGAGAAACCCUACAGUUGUGAGGAGUGCGGCAAGACGUUCGGUCUACCUGCGACUCUGAACAGACACAUGCUGACUCACACUGGGGAGAAACCCCACUCCUGUGUGGAGUGUGGUGUGCAGUUCAGCCGGACCGACGCCCUGAAGAACCACAUGCAGACCCACACUGGAGACAGACCACACAUCUGUAAAGAGUGCGGCCAGCAGUUCCGACAACUGGGACACUUACGCAAGCACAAGCAGACGCACGUUGGGAAGAAAUCACAGCGCGGCAACGAUGCAACCCCAUUUGAGUGUGACAAGUGCGGAAAAACGUUCAAGACUCCGCGUAACCUGAGGAGGCACGCGGCGACCCACACAGAGGAGAAACCCUACAAGUGUGACGAGUGCGGAAAGGGGUUCAGAGACAAGCAGGGUCUGGGCAGGCACGUGCCCAUCCACUCCGAUGAAAAACCCUUCAAGUGCGACCAGUGCAGCAACAGUUACAGCGUAGAGCGUUAUCUCAAGCGGCACAUGGUCACCCACACCGGCGAGUAUCGCUACAGUUGCGAGGACUGUGGCAAACGCUUCCAGGAUCGCGAGGGCCUGGCAAGGCACAUGCGGACCCACACUGGGGAGAAACCCUUCCAGUGUGACGAAUGUGGCAAGCGGUUCGGUCAGCACUCCAGCCUAACCCUCCACAAGAGAACCCACUUAACUGAGAAACCCUUCCCCUGUGACAAGUGCAGCAAGCAGUUCAGCCAACUGGCCCAUCUUAAGAGACACCUUAUGUCCAUCCACAGUGGGGAUAAACCAGGCACCAGCGGAGAGGGAACAUUAGAGGAGGGUGAGCUUAAAAAAGGAAUGAGAUUCCACCCUUGUGACGUGUGUGGCAAGACGUUUAAGAAACGGGGCGUCCUGAAAAGCCACGUGAGGAUCCACACAGGGGAGAGACCGUACGGCUGUGAGGACUGCGACAAGCGGUUUAGAGACGCGGAGACGCUCCGGAGACACAAGAUCACCCACAGCAGUGUGAGACCCUUCAUCUGCGAUCAGUGCGGCAAAGGGUUCAACCGCUCGCAACAUCUGAAGACUCACAUGAUGACCCACACUGGGGAGCGACCGCACGUUUGUCCGGAGUGUGGCAAGGGGUUUUACGACUCCGGUGGUUUGAAGGACCACCUGAUGACCCACACAGAUGAGAAACCCUUCAUGUGCGACGAGUGUGGGAAACAGUUUCGCCAGGCAGCCGCCCUGAGGGUGCACCUAAAGACCCACACUGGAGAGAAACCGUACAUCUGUUCCAAGUGUGGGAAGCAGUGCAUCCAACUGGCCCACCUGCAGAGGCACAUGCUGAUCCACUCCGACGCGAAACCUCACGCCUGCGGGGAGUGCAACAAGCGCUUCCGAACCCCGACCGACCUGAAGAAGCACGGACAAGUCCACACCGGUGCGAGACCUUACACCUGCGACGAGUGCAACGGGCAGUUCAGCCAGCCGAACGCUCUGAAGAGACACAAGCGGACGCACACCGGUGAGAGACCCUACAGCUGUAGGUUCUGUAGUAGGAAGUUCAGUCGGCAGGAUCAUCACAAAACCCACGAGCGGACUCAUGCCGGACCCUCUGUCCUUUUCCUGGAGUAGACCAAGAUUCGGAAACAUCUAUCAUAUAUUUGAACACCCAGAAAGCAAGCUUUUAGCCAGGCAUGCGUCAACGCGUCAUCUGGACGCACUUUUCUUAGAAUAACAAGAAAUUUAAUGCCCCUGGACGCCCUUACACUGGGGAGAAAAUCCCCUGACAAGCAUGAAAUUCUGAUUGACCAGGGAUGCUACCAGGUCAUCUGUGGUCACAGUCUUCUACUUUGACCUCUGAACCAGUAUUUUUGCCUCUUGGGAUACCUAAGAAUGCACUAUUUUAUCUUAAAAUCAUCAAAAACUCUGCACUAUGGAAGGUGCAUGCCACCAGACUCCCUACAAUAGUUACUUACCGCGUCUCACCAAUAAGUUUGGACUCCCUAUUAUAAAAUCCUAUAAAAGCCUGCCAGAAAGGAGCAGACCAACAACCUGUAGUAUUUGUGAAGAAUAAACAAAAAUCGAUAUUUGAUAAAGAUGAAAUUACAUAUUUGGACACCUAAAAACUAUGAUAUCGAUUUCCUUUCAGAAAGGGAAGAAUUUAAAAAUGCUACAGCUAGUUUUAUUCUACUUCUGAUGAUAAUCAUAUUUUGCUAUUAGUAUAUUUUAGGGAGUUUCAGUUCUCUAGUUUGGAUUUUUCAUGUUACACUACUUUGUGAAUAUGGUAACAGUUCCUAACAUGUUUUAUUUGUCUUAUAAGUUAUAUUAGCUACUAUUUAUAUGUCUCAUAUUUGCUAAUAUUCAUAUAUUUCGUCAAUAUGGAUGGAUAUUCUUCAAGACCAAUUUGUAUAGGAAUUGAGUUUAAAUUGACUUGAUUGAAUUGACUUCAUAAUCACAUAGCAACAAUUUCUUGUCAAUGGCUUACCUUUUAGCUAGAGAUGUACUUGCCAAACGAAAGACAAAAUGUUCUUUUAACUUAUGAGUCAUGUCAUCCUCAAAUACUGAUGUAUUUGUCAAAUUUGUUACAGAUGUUUUAAGAAAAGAAAUAUGUAAGCUGUGGAUAUAGAUUUAGUAGUAUUUUUUUUGUAAUCUGCCAUAUACUGCAUUUAUUCUUUCCUGUCAUUGCUAACCAGGUUGAUAUGACCCAUUUCUAUGGAGAUUUGGGGACAACAAAUUAACAUAAGGCCAAUCCAAUAUAAUUUGUUGGUUCUCAAAAUUAAAAGAUACUCCUAAAUUAUAAAGAAAACAUAGUCAUAGGGCUGUACCUUGGUACACACAGUAUCAGGGAGUGAAUGUACAUGUAGUAAGAUGCAAGUUUUCCUUACAGCCUGCCGUUUCCAUCUUGACCUAUUUGCUGAACUUAAGAACCAAGGAAUUUAUUUGGUGCGGCAUCAACACUGAAAAUAAAGGCAACUAAAGUAUGAUAAGUCAGUAGAAGAACUAACAAGGUGGCCAAGAGAUUAAGGUUAUAAUUGAAUAAAGAGACUUUUUUUUUACACAACAAUGCUAUAUUGUC